AUGGCUCUCUAUGGUGUUUGUUUUGGUGCUGUUUAUAGAGUCGGUGACUCCAAUGGGUGGACUUCUAGAGGCCAUGUUGAUUACAAUGAGUGGGCUUCAACAAAAGACUUCCAUGUCAACGACACCCUCAUAUUUACUUUCACCCUUAAUAGGCCCGGCCAUUUUUACUUUAUCUGUGGUACUCCUGGCCAUUGCCAAGCCGGACAAAAUGUCGACAUCAACGUCACGUUGCCUAUUUCUACAGAUGGCUCGUUUGCAAGCCCAAGCCCGGCACCUUAG